AUGCGUAGAGCAGAAUCAUUAAAACCAAUAGAGCAGAUUACAACAACCCUCUUGACUCUGGCCUCCACUGUUCUCUGUCCACAGGCCAUCACUGCUGGUUUCUUCUAUCACACGGCCCGUCUUACCCGCAGCGGUUACAAGACAGUCAAGCACCAGCAGACCGUGUUUGUCCACCCAAACAGUUCCCUAUUUGAAGAACAGCCACGGUGGCUCAUCUAUCAUGAGCUGGUCUUCACAACGAAAGAAUUCAUGAGACAGGUCAUAGAGAUAGACAGCACGUGGUUGCUGGAGGUGGCCCCUCACUACUACAAGUCCAAGGAGCUGGAAGAUGCCUCUACCAAGAAGCUGCCCAAGAAAAUAGGGAAGACGCGAGAGGAGCUUGGAUAAGACUGGAGCUGAUCUCUUAUCUCCCACCCAUUUUGUUUAUUGCCCCAGGACUUUUUUUCCAUACAUCUGUACAGUUUUGAUGUCACUUCAGACACCAAAUAAAACUUUUUUACAAACUC